CGCCGCUGGUGCGCACUUCCUGUUAUCCCCAAAACAUGUGUACUAGCAGCUAGCUUCAUAAUUUACACAAACUUUUACCUAAAACGCCACAGAAGAUGGUUCAAUUGACCAGAAUUUGUCACCGGAAGUAUGGGAAGUUCAUUGAUAAUCUGCGGCUGUAUGUGCGCGGGGGCAGCGGAGGCAUGGGUUUGCCCCGUCUGGGUGGUCAAGGUGGAGAUGGAGGAGAUGUUUAUGUAGUGGCCAGUAAAGACAUGACCCUUAAAAGAAUAAAAGACAAAUACCCACAGAAACGCUUUGUAGCUGGAUCAGGGGAAAACAGCAGUGUCAAGGCUCUGAAAGGGCAACGGGGGAAGGACUGUAGCAUCCUGGCACCUGUUGGCAUCACUGUCACCACAGAUGAUGGCAGAGUUAUAGGUCACCUGGAUGCUCCUGGAGAAAGUGUGAAAGUCGCUAAAGGUGGAAGUGGAGGCUCUUUUCACUCAAUCUUUAAUCCCAGUAAAGCAAAACCCAAGCACAUAAGACUAGAUCUGAAACUAAUAGCGGACAUGGGAUUAGUGGGAUUUCCAAAUGCAGGAAAAUCCUCUCUCCUGACAGCUCUUUCUAAUGCAACUCCUCAGAUUGCCAGCUAUGCUUUCACCACGUUAAAACCAGAAAUUGGGAAGCUGAUGUACAAAGAUCAUAAACAGAUUUCAGUCGCUGAUCUCCCAGGACUCAUUGAAGGCGCUCACUUAAACAAAGGCAUGGGACACAAGUUUCUCAAACAUGUGGAGAGGACUAAACAACUGCUGUUUGUGGUGGACAUUGGCGGUUUCCAGCUGGCAAGUAAAACACCGUUCAGAUCUGCUUUUGAAGCAGUGCAGCUUCUGACAAAGGAAUUAGAGCUGUACAAAGAGGAGCUCGUGUCCAAACCUGCUUUACUGGUGGUGAACAAAAUGGACCUCCCUGAUGCUGAAGAAAAACUAGCAGAGCUUAAAAUCCAGCUUCAAAACCCAGAAGAGUUUUAUAGCCUAUUGGAGGAUGACAUGAUACCAAAGGAGUACAUAAACUUUAAGCACAUACUUCCUGUCUCAGCUCUCACUGGAUUUGGGAUUGAACAUCUUAAAAACUGCAUUCGACAGUCUCUUGAUGAAGAAGCAGAGUUGAAAAAUAAAGCCUUUCUUCAAGAAAAACUAAAAGAACUCAGGCGGCACUUAUAACAUUCAUGGACAUCAGAAUUUGUUACCAAGGACACUGUUGUCUGGAGUGUAGCAGCUGAGACCUCUGGGUGCACGAGACAUAAAACAUGUGACUGAUCUGGAUGGUCUAAAAUGUGUUAUAAAGCUGUUUCAUCAAAGAUA